CAACUGUUUCUCUAAGGAAUAUCAGAAAACUGGUUGGUUGAGAAUUGGAUUUGGUGGACAUAGAAAAAUCUCUAAUCCUUCAGAAAAAAAAAAUGGCGACUCUUUCAUGUUCAUCUCCUUCUUUGAAUUACCAGCAACAAGCCUUUCUUCUUCACCAUUCCCAUUUGCCACGUGUCCCCUCAAACACUUGCAGUCUUCUUAAAGGUCUCAAGAAAAAUGGAAACCCAAGUAUCUUCUGCUGCAAGAACACUGUACCUGAUUCAAGAACAGGUCUGCAAGUUAAAGAAGAAUCUUUAACCAAGAGAAGAGAGCUCCUGUUACAAGCAGGCUCUGUUGCAUUUUCUCUGUCCGCCUUUACUUCAAUUGCAUUGGCAGAGAACGAUGUCGCGGAGGAUUUUCGUGUUUAUAUAGAUGAUGUCAACAAGUUUAAGAUAACGAUACCUCGUGAUUGGCAAGUAGGCGCGGGAGAAGGUGAUGGAAUAAGGUCGCUCAUAGCUUUCUAUCCUCAAGAAGCUUCUAACUCAAAUGUCAGCAUUGUAAUCACAAGCCUCGGUGCUGAUUUCACUAAAUUGGAAUCUUUCGGGAAAGUUGAUGAAUUUGCAGAGAAUCUGGUUAGUGGAUUCGACAGAAGCUGGCAAAGGCCGGCGGGGGUGAAAGCAAAACUCAUCGAUAGCAAAGCUUCUAAAGGGUUGUAUUACAUCGAGUACACUCUCCAAAAUCCGGGUGAAAGUCUCAGACAUCUAUUUUCCGUGCUCGGGAUAGCAAACAAUGGGGUUUACAAUAGGCUGUAUACUCUCACUGGACAGUUUAUAGACGAGGAGGCAGAGAAAUAUGGUGCCAAAGUACAGAAGGCUGUUUCUUCUUUCAGAUUUAUAUGAUGACACAACAGUGAGCGAUAUCACAAAUUUUGGCUUGAGCUUCUGGUGUGCUAUUUGGUGAAAGGCAAAUAUCGUCGGUGAUAUCAGGACAGUGGAACCUCCAAACCCCAGAUAGGAAUAUAAUUAAAGUUCUGAGUAACUUAUAUUAUGGUGACUCGGGAAAAAAUGGAGCUCGUCAUGAACCAACCACUUGAUCAAUGUUUUUUGAUGAAGACUACUCGGCUAAUAUUAGAGUUAGUAUUUGCAUAUAUUGAUACACCAAAACUGUAGGCUGUUUCAAUAAAUAUGACCUUGGUGCAGAUGUCUUACGCCCAAAUUCUGAAACUGCAAACACUUCUAUAGGGUGUCACUUGGCCAGUGUGAGAACCUCCAAGAAUUUGGUGCUCAAGUGAAUGUCUUUAAGGUUUUGAUUAUGUAUUUGUAUUUUCCUCAGGACCUUAAUCAGUUUUUGAGCUUUAUAGUCAUCAAUGAAGAAUCAGACUGAUGAAUGUAAACCUAA